AUGACGGAAUCAGACUUGACAUUUGUUGUUGACACAUCGUCAUUUUUUGCAAUAGUCUCGACGGCAGAAUCAAAUGUGGCCUCCUUUUUAGCCAUGGACUCCUUUUUUGCUAUAUAUGCAACUGCCUCUGAAAUUUUGUUGAGAACUCAGGAUUCAUACAAUUUUCUAUUGGGCUGGUUUCAAAGGUUUCUACAAUUUAAAUCUCAUGAAUUCUACAUUGCUGGGGACAGUUAUGCUGGACACUACAUUCCUCAGCUUGUUGAGUUAAUAAUAGGGAGAAACAAAAAAACAUCUGACGACGAUCAUAUCAAUCUCAAAGGCAUUAUAGUAAGAUUCACCAUCACUGACUCUGAAACCGACCAAAAUGGCAUGAUCGACUACGCUUGGCAUCGCGCCGUUAUAUCUGACGGACUAUACGAAGAAAUCAAGAAAAAUUGCAACUUUAAACUGCAAAUUGUUUCGAACGAAUGCAACAGUCCCUUUCAGAAAUACAUUGAGGUUUAUAAUAUCAUAGAUAUAUACAGUUUGUACACUCCUACCCGCGUCGACAACAAUUACACCACUAUUUCCGAAUCUUACACCCAUUUGAAGGAUGAUGCUCAAAAAUAUAUAUCUCACAAUGUAAAAGGAAGAGCGUUGGCUUGGUACGAUCCAUGUGCUCGGAGAUAUACUAUUAACUAUUUUAAUAGGGCUGAUGUUCAACAUGCUCUUCAUGCUAAUGUCACAAAAAUUCCUUAUUCGUGGGUGCAUUGCAGUGACAGUCUCCAAUAUAAGAGCGAUGACAUUGCAUUCUCCAUACUCCCAAUUCUAAGAAGAAUCAUAGCCUCAAAUAUAAGAGUUUGGGUAUACAGUGGAGAUACAGAUGGCGUAGUUCCAAUAACGUCAACUAGAUAUGCUUUGAGAAAGUUAAAAUUGAAUAUUGAAGAGGACUGGAUACCUUGGUACACCGACAAUAAGCAGGUAUACUAA